AUUCCUUCGACAGACUGCCGACCGACGACUUCGGUAAUCUAGACGACUAUAUCCAGUACUUGGACAGCGAGACGAUGAAGGUCCCGGCGCACGAGGUGGAGAUCAACGGCGGGGCGCAGUUCCGGAGGCUGAUGUACGAGGUCGAGGUCUUCCUGAGGUUUUCGGAGGCUGGCAACGAGAUAAAAAACAAGGACGUGCUGCAGUCCUUUGGCAUCUCGAUGAGUUCCGUCACAUGGAGAGAGGUGGUGGUGAAGCUGCUGAACCACAACGCCCACCUGCCGCUGCAGAGACGCAUUCAGUAUGUCGGCGAGCGCGUGAAGUGGUUCUUCAUGCAGCAGAAGGAGCCGAUCGUGCAGUUCAUGAAGGGCCUGAAAGGGUCCCCAGACGAGAAGCUCUUCAGCGUAAACUUCACAAGGCACGCGCAGUUUAUCGAAGAUAACCAGACAAUCAAGAAGUUGGUGUUCGAUACCUUCGACAGGGUGGUCGAACGGCAAUUGAAGAUGUUCGUGGACCUGUUCAGAAGCACGCUCCACGCGACGUUCGCCAACCCGUGGGUCUUCCUCAAGAAGACCACGGCCUCGAUCGGGGACGAGAUGGAGGAGGAGACGUUCGAGCUGCCGACGGAGGAGGAGACGAAGGCGCGCAUCCCGAAGGAGCUGGAGAGCAGGUCCAUGCAGGUCUGUGGAGGUCUCCCGAGGAAGUUCGAUGCGGAUAUCACCGACGCCGAUUUCCACUCUGCUCCAGACUUCGCGCCCCCGAAGGAGCAGCCCGCCCGCAUCGCCCGGCACAGGGUCGAGCGCGCAGGCAAGACGCUAGUCACUCCAAGAGCAGGAGUGGAGGCGAACGAAGUGGCUCGAACAGAAGACAAAGACAUAGGCAUCGAGAUCGUAGAGAAAAAGGCAGACAUGCUGAUCGUGACGAACGAGAACGCGAGCGAGAUCGGCACGAUGACAGACAAGACCUUUAACGAGCUGCUACCCGAACAUCUGGACCUUCGGCUGCUCGCACGGACGCUGUCAACGAAAGAGAUCCAUGGCAAGCUGCGGCGACAGCUUCCGCACCUCAACGACACGCAGGUGCAAGUGGAGGGCCAGCAGCCCUAUCGGAAUGGAUUGUGGCUUCUGGCAUUCCAACUGAGCAGCUCGUACUCCAUGGGGGCGUUCCACAACGGAGGUUUCAUCUACAACUGCAAGGAGAGGGCCCGAAGCAAGUACGAUUGGAAUUGCAAACUAAACGGCUACAGCGCAUUAGCCAGGAUGGCCGAGCUCAACGUAUCUCGCCUCGCUCAUGCGUGGGCGAGCUGUGAUUUUGCUACAGUAAUGCCGUGGGACGCUGGCGCGAUCAACAAACAAGUAUUCCUGAGCAGGUAUUUCGUGGCCCUCGGUAUGGGGCAUGGGAAAUUCUUAGACAACUUCUUGAGGCAGAUCAACUGGGUCGAGUUCCUGCAGUCUAUCAAUGGCGAUGCAUGA